AAUUGUGAUUUGGCGUUGGCGUUUGACUUGUCAGUGAAAUAUUUAGCUCCAUCGACGUAUUACAAAUUUACAGAAAUGUUUCACAGAAAGUUUAAAUUAGCACUGUCUAUAUUUAUUUCUAUAUUGUGGAAUUCUGUGCUCGCAGAAUGGAAUACUCGAGACUACAUCAGGAGAGAGCAUUCGCUCACAAAACCUUACCAAGGGAGCGGUAUGUCGGUGCCUUACUGGGACUUUUUAGGUAGCACAAUAGUUACUACAAAUUAUGUUCGACUUACUCCCGAUCUUCAAUCUAAAUCCGGUGCUAUUUGGAACACGGCGCCAUGUUAUACACGCAAUUGGGAGCUUCAAGUACAAUUCAAGGUGCACGGCAGAGGAAAAGACUUGUUUGGCGACGGGUUCGCGAUAUGGUACGUCCGAGAUCGCAUGCAACCCGGUCCUGUAUUCGGUAGUAAGGACUACUUCUAUGGCCUGGCGAUCAUACUGGACACCUACAGUAAUCAUAAUGGUGCUCAUAAUCACCAACACCCAUAUAUUUCGGCUAUGGUGAACAACGGCACUAUGCACUACGACCACGACCGCGACGGCACGCACACGCAGCUGUCCGGUUGCGAAGCAAAAUUCCGCAACUAUAACCACGACACGCACAUUUCCAUCACGUACCGGGACGAUACACUUACGGUGUCUACCGACUUAGAAGGAAAGAACGCUUGGAAAGAAUGUCUACGAGUGGAGAAUGUUUUACUGCCAACUGGAUAUUACUUCGGGGCGUCGGCGACCACUGGAGACCUAAGCGACAACCACGACAUUGUGGCUAUCAAGAUGUUCGAACUCGACCUCUUGGACACGCAAAACAGAGAUGAGGACAGAUCUCAGAUAAUUCCAUCAGCUGCUUCUUUCGAGGCACCACGAGAGAGAAUAGAGGACCAAAAACCUGCUAUGUCAGGCAUCAAGACCUUCCUCUACAUGAUGUGCAUAGCCAUUGUUAUAAUAGUCAUUGUAGUUUUAGGCAUUAUGUGGUAUCAGAAGCGUCAGGAACAUUCUAGAAAGAGGUUGUAUUGAACUGGUAAUGUAAUCAGUAAUAUCUUUAAAUGGGAAAAAGGUGAUUGCAAAUUUAUAAUACCUACGUACGAAUAAUAAUAUCACCUCUUAGACGCAUACUGUCACAAGUCGAAUUUUUUUUCGCAGUGAUUCCUUUAAUAAUUACUUGCAGCUUUUUAUGUAGACUUUGGACAGCUUUGAUCUCAAUGCGCGAUAUGCUCUCAAUUCACUUAUAUUAACAUCCUGCAAAAAAUGUGUUAAAAUAUUUUAUUUAUAUUUUUUAAAGAACUUGCUGUUUUUGUCAUACAUAUAUAGUAAACUAAGUAAGUAAAUAAGCACACUAAAAGAUACUAAAUUGAUGUGAUCAAUAAUCUCAAUUAAUUUAGCUACCGAUUGGACAUUCCUAGUUUAUUUUUUGGCAAAACAUUUUGAUACCAUCUGAUGUAUUAUAUUGAUUUGAGUAUACUAUUGAGAAUUAUUAUUUUUUAAAUGGUUAUUCAUUGAUGAAUAAAUAAUUUAGGAAAUAAGUUGAAAGAGCUAUACUGAAUUAUUUUGGUUUAAAAUGUCUGUAGAAAGUCCUACAUUGUUUAUACUUUAAAAUACCUAAUUAUAUUUUAUGUAAUAUCAAUCUAUUAAGGGUACCUCUUUUCAUUUUUUAAUUUACUAAAUACAUUUUUCUUUUGCUAUAGAUUGUAAAGUUGACUUUCAUAUUCUCAAAAUCUACAUAGUACAUAAACUACGGUAUAAUAAAAGGAUGAAUAUAUAUAUAUAUAAAUUCAUACCUAAGAACUUUAAUAAUCAUGUAUAUUGUUUACACCGAUUAAUCAUGACCUUAUUCAUCUUUACUUAACUGUUGCAAAGAAAUUAUUGCUCAUAACAUUCAUAAAACUGAACUGAGGACCUUUGUUGUUAUGUGAUUAUAAGGAUUUGAUUAAAAAUUAUUUUUUCUUUCUAUUCUUUCCUUGAGGAAAUCUUUUCAGUUUCAUAACUUCUGUCAUUGAAUUUUGACUCGCUACCCUUUGUUACAGCCUAUGAAAUUUUAAUAUCCUAUUAUAAUGGGUGGCACUAUGAAGGCAUGCACAGAUUUCUCUGUGGACAUGCCAUAAAACACAACAUUAGGCAUUGGAACACAAGAAAAAAGAGGAUUAGUCUCUAUCUGUGCACUCCUUAAUUUUUUUUUUUUUGUACAAUCAGCUUCAUAAGUAAUCACUAUGUUCAAAGUAGUAUUAAUUGUAUUUUAGAUUUUAAGCUUAUUUAAACAAAUUAUUCUGAACAUAUCAUAUCCUUCAUCACCUCAAACAAUUACAUAGAUAAUAAUUGUAACUAGUAUUAAAGAUAUUCAAUUAAAUUUAAAACUAGUUAUAAUUUUAUUAUAUUAAAGUUGGAAUGCGUUACUUGGAUAUCACAAUUAUGGACGGUUAUUCUUAAUUUUGACUAUACUUGAGUCAUAUGAUCUAUAUGAAGCUGAUUAAACUUGUAUCAUAGCAUAUCUAUAUGAGCCUAUAUAUGAUUUUUGUGAAUAAUACAAUUCAUAUUAAAAUCGAUUUAUUUCGUCCUGUUAACAUAUCCUAAGUUUUUAAUGUGAUUUGUCUCUUCACAUGUUAGAUUAAGGAAACGACUCGGGACUAUAAAAUGUAAUGCAUAAUAUAUAUUUAUAAAAAUGUAUAGACAUGGAUAUAUUGAGGUGAUUAAAAAAAGAAUCAAAUUUUAUUGUUAUAUUCGCGCGGGUUCUAAAUUUUUUGGUCACAUGUAUUACCAAAAUAGUCUGUCAGAAUUAAUAUUUUAACUAGAAUUAUUCAUUUGUAAUGAAUAAACUCAAAAACUACGUCACCGAUUCUCAAUAUAUAAAAAAUAUUUCUCUAUGCAACAUAGAAAGAAAAAUAGGCAUGUUAGUGAAAUGCCUAAAAAUAUUUUGUCUGCCAGGAAGUGUUAGUCUCUAACCGCCGAAUUAUUACUACUGAAAUAUUUAAUAACUUUCUUUAAGAGAAAUCCAUUUAUAAUUGUUAUUGCAUUAUGGUCAAAUCACCCAUAUGUACCCAUGUUCUUGUAAAACUGAGUUUGUGUAUGAGUAAUGAAUUUGUGUGUUUAAAUAAAAUUAUUUAUAAACUUUU